UCCGGUUUGUUUACGCGAAAGAGUUGGGCUUGUGAUGUGUUGCGAAAAUUCCGUUACACAACUAGAGGAGGGUAUUGUGCAAACAACAAGCGUAAACAGGAACCGUUGGUCUGACGGACCCAGGGAAGAACGCCUCAAGAAAAUACCAAGCAGCUGCCUAAGGCGUAAAGAGUGGGGUUCGGACUCAGCGCGUCAUUACACACCCCGCACGUCUCAGAGGCAACUUCAGCAGCAGCUGCGUAUUAACCUGCUCCGUCUCCCACUCAACCCUCAGGCUGUUCGCACUGCCACUCAAAGGCUGGCUUCAGACUUCAGAAGACCUCGGCGCCCAGUCAACAUAAACCCUGCCGGGGCUGUAUUGGAUUAACCAGUUGCCGGAUCUUCUAGCUGGUGGCACGAUUUGGAAGGGACAAAUCUGGUGGAAACUAACUCCUGCUUCAAGCUCCGGAGAUACAAUGCUCCCCUUCAAUUUAAUACUCUGAAAAGCAGCUCAGUUGCCUGGAAGUCAUGGGCAGCAGACCGAGCAAAUCAAGGCACUUCACCAAUACAGUGAUUCCAUCAAACCUGGACAACCAACUCUCAACAGAUAUGAGCCAAGUUAUGGUGGUGGUGGCACUGUAUAAUUAUCCAUCGUCGUCUAACGUUGAACCCAUUAUUAAUGUGGGCGAGAGGUUGAAUGUCCUUCAUGAAGAAGGCGAUUGGUGGAAAGUAGUGUCCAUGGCGACUGGCAAAGAAUGUCAUAUUCCUUGCAACUACGUGGCAAAGGUGUAUCACAGGUGGCUGUUUGAAGGAAUCAGCAGGGAGAAGGCGGAGGAGCUGCUUUUGUUACCCAGCAACCGGUCUGGCGCCUUCAUGAUCCGAGAAAGUCAAACUAGGAAAGGCUUCUAUUCAUUGUCCGUAAGAAGAUCCAACAUUGCAUCGUGGGAUUCAAUCAAACACUACCGCAUUAAUCGCCUACCCAACGGCUGGUUCUACAUCUCCCCUCGACUCACCGUCCCAUCUCUGCAUGACAUGGUGGACUAUUACUCAGAAUCUGGUGAAGGACUGUGCUGCACUUUGAAGGAGCCAUGUCACAUUCAGGGGCUCGCUGCCACCCAGCCACAUCAUCCAGAUCCCAUCGUGGUGCAGAAACCUCAGCUGAACUGGAGUGAAAUGGACAGCUCUGUUUUGAUAGACAACGACAAAGAGUCGGGAAAAGAGUCGCCCGUCAGUGAGGGUCUGCGGGAAGCCAUCAACUCUUACUUGUUCAUGACCGAGGAGCUGAGACUAGAUGAGAUGAGCGACAAAAAGACUCGGUUGAAAACAUUACAAACCCGGCUACAAAGUAGUCAGAGACAGGCUGGCCGCAAUGGGGUCGGGAACUUCGGUGGCCUUGGUAUCAGCUCUGCCAGAUAGUAACCCCGAAUGUGAAGAGGAUGGAUCAUUCCUGUCAAGGACUUCAUUGUGCUCACUUUAAUUUAUUUACUGUUUAUUAUUCCAGUGCAGUUGAGCUGCCUGCUACUUUUUCUUUGAUUAUUUUUCUUAAUGGAAGAGACCAAAUGUCCUAUCUAUGGUGAUGCAUUGCAAUAUGGUCUAUCUUGUGACAGAUAGGUUUAAAUUGGCUGAUAGUUAUCACAUGAUAUCUUGCCUUGCCCAGUUAAGCAGCCUUUUAUUUCACACCAUCUUCAUGCUGUUGUAAACAGAAUUGUUACAGAGAAGGGAAAACCAGUGUCCAUUUUAACUGCCUUUAUGAUUUCCCCCAUGAGUGUUGCUGACAGCAAUGUCCAAAGAGAAUAAUUCCUGGUGACUUCCAGGAUUGGAAACUUGGGUUGAAUCGAUUUGCUGUCAUUUAGGAGAUUAACUCCUUUGCAUGAGGUUGCAUCAACUAGUACUCUGGACCUAUUACACUUGCUGUCACUUAUGCACAGAUCCACCCUCCACCUGCCAACAGUUUGAGAAGGAGUCAUGGCAAUCCUGAACAUCUUCCCUUUUAGAAUCAUAGAAUUGACUCUGCACAAAAGGAGGCCAUUCACUCUGAGUUCAUGCCAGCGCCUCGUAAUGCAUUCCAGUCAGUCCCAUUCCCCCUACCUUUUCUUCCUUGAUCUGCAAAUUAUUUUUGAUCAAGUGUCUAUCCAAUUCCAUCUUGAAUGACCUAAUUCCGUGCUUCUGUUAGCUUCAUGGGGAUUGAGUUCUUGUUCAUAAUCACCCUUUGUGCAAUAAAGAUUUCCCUCACAUCUUCCCUGUAUCUUAUACUCCUUAUUUUUAUCUGUUCCUUGAUUCCCAAAAUAUUCAUUCUUAGGAGCAGUUUCCACUAUUUAAACCCAUCAUGUCUUUAGCUACCUCCAUCAAGUCUCUUUACUGUCUUUGCUCCAAGGAAAACAACCCCAGCUUCUCCAGUCUAAAUGUAACUGAAAUCCCUCAUCCUAGGAAAUAUUCCAGUCAGUCUCUUCUGCACCCACCAGAGACUUCUCCCGUUGAUGUUUGAGGCAUGACUACACCCUACAGUCCAUGGACUUCAAUGGAAUUGUAUGUUGGAUAUGGACACUACGCCACUGUCCAUUUAACUCUGGAGAUCAAAGGUAGAUUUGCCAAUGUACCCAGUUAUACCAUUGCCCAAUAUUACUGUCCAUAAUAAUCAUAGUUUGGGUGUGUUCUAGCAAUCCCAAUUUCAAAAAUGUUAUAUAUGUUAAGUUACUGUGAAAUGAAAGCAACAUCAGUUUUGAACAUGGUAUAAUACCUGGAACUGACAGUCCAUAAAACUCAACUAAUCAGUGGUAGGGCCCCACACACAAACGUCCACCAUCUCAUCCUAUCAACAUAUCCCUCUAAUUCCUCACUGUUCAUUUAUCAAACUUCCCUUUAAAUGUAUCUGUGCUAUUCCAUUUCCUAUAAUUCUCACAUUCUAACCAUUCUCUAAGUGGAGACAUCUCCCCAACGUUACCCAGCGGUUUUUAUUAAUUAAAUUUGGGUCAUUGUGGUGCCUUGCAAACUCUAUGAGCAACAAGUUGUGCCUCAGUUCAGUUUCUGUUGACAGUUAGGAAAUAUUUUUGGGUAUCAGCCACUAGAAUCAAAUCGCAACUUUGAUAACAAAACUGCAGAGCAAACUAAGAGCAAUGUUCAAUUACUCUUUUCAUUAUCAGUGACCCCAAGAUGCUUCCUGUAAAACCAGCAGGAUCUUGUUCACAGGAACCCACAAGACGCAAGUGAGCCACUGAAUGGAAAAUUUCAUCAGCACUGCUCCUCUCAGUAUUCCAUUUACUCUGCUGAAAUGUUUUGAGCUUUAAUGUAACACAACACCUGUCAUAUCAAUGACUGUGCACAAUACUGCAUUGUUACAUUGAUUCCACACUCAGAUAGCAAUGGAGGUCUGACACCUCAGUUAAUUAAAACCUAAAGAAUCAUUACUUGAUUGUUGAGGAUGACAGCCAGUGUCUAGGUUUCUGAGUAUUGAACAGAAGGAUUGCCAACACUUUUCCGAAAUAGUCUUUAAAGGUUUCUUGGUUCCAUGUACACCACAGAGUCAACUGGCUUUUCUUAUACUUACACGAAAUAUUUUUGCAACAAUUAAUGAUUUCUUAACAUCGCUAACACUUUUCUCACUAGUUGUUGCAAGUGUCGAAGAAAGUAAUUUUUAACUCUUAGAGACUGUGGGGCAACCUCAGAGGAUUGCCAAUCAUAAUUCCAGCAAUUUUCCAUAGUUUGACAGGGAAUUGUGGGCAAGCACAUGGGGAACCUGGGCUGGCACUCCCAGGGAGCUCCACAAAGGACAUCCCAACCUUCUCCUUCGACACUGCUGAGUUUUCCCAACCAGGUCACUGUCUGCAAUCCACACUGCCAGUGACCUUGGUUGUGUAUUAAUGAAGGACAUAGCUUGGUGCAUUGAAAGCAUUCCAUCAGAAUUGUACAUGAGUGAGCAGGAAAUGACUUGGUUCGUAUGAACUUUAUCCCAUGGGAGGGAAGAGGGAAUGGCUUGAUUCUGAGAAUUCUGUGCUUGGAUCAGGAAUGUGUUUUACUUUAAUGAAAUAGGAUCUCAAAAUUUGUAAAUCUUCUGUAAAGUACAGUACCAUGCAGCCAUGUAUUCAAGAUGGUUCUCUGUAAUUUAUUUGAUUCAUUCCAUGAUCAUGUGUUGACUUGUUACAAAUGCAAGAGUAAAUAAAGCUAACUUUGUAAUAAAGCCACUGCAUCUCAUGUGAUUUAAAGACUCCC